AUGCCAAAUUCAAAUUCAACAAAUGCAAAUACAGUGACCACUACUGCCACUUCUGCUAUUUCCACCAUCAUUAACAGCAAUAACAACAACAACAACAAUAAUGAUACCGUAACUUUGAGAAAUCUAACAGCAUAUGAUAUGCUAGAUGAGAGGAUAAAUAUGUUAGAAUUAUUCAAUUUAGCAGAUACUUCAGAAAUAGAUAAAUAUAAACUAUGUUAUAAUAUCGAACGACAACAAAUUUUAUUACAAACAUUGAAAAAUAAAAUAGAUUUAUUAAAACAAACAAAAUAA